UUCAUCUGAUCAAAGUUGUUGAACUAAUGGAAGGGGUGUUAUGCAGCGGUACCAAAUUUGUUGCCUAGAAUCUCAAUGGUAUAGAAAUUGGAUUCUACAACUGAAAUUGAAUUUUGCUUCCACACCUUCAUUUCCCAAUUCAAUUACGUUCCAUUCUUCCUUUAUGGUUUCCACAAAAUUCAAUUUCCCCAAUUUAUUGCCCAGAUCUGUCUUCAAUCAUCACUUCCAUUCAAACCCUCUAGCUUUGGUUUUAGGGUUUGUUGUUAGUCAGCAAAUAGCAAUGGCAGGAGCUGGGCAACUGAACAUGAUUGAUUCACCUUCGCGUGGUUCCCGUAGCGUCGAUUGCUUUGAGAGGCUCGAAAAAUCGGCGAAGGCACCUAUUGUCAUGUUUACAUGGCCAAAGAGAUCGAAACCGGUGAAAUUGUCGCUCUCAAGAAAAUACGUAUGGAUAAUGGGAGAAGGAGUAUGAAUAUGAAUGUAUUUUCAAACAUUUCAUUCCUAUGUGCAACUCUGUGUAGUUUGUAAAAGAUAGAUAAUUUGUAAUUUACUCGUAUGUUUGAUUGAA